AUGGCCGUGGGCGGGCGCGUUGGUGUGUCCCUUGUGUCCUGCAUCGAAAGGGGGACCGCAUUAGCUUCAGCACCCAAUGAGCACGGCGGUCUUUGCUUCACGAUCGCCUUGGACCGGGCAAGGCAUCUUUUCUUCUUCAGACCAAGACAACAAGAAGCAGCCGGAAGGAACAGCAGACAGCAGACACAGAAGCAACGCAACAGAACAGAGGCAGAGAGAGGCAGAGACAGCGAGAAGGGGGGUGGAUACCUUGGAUACCUCGAGCCGUAUCCGCGGGCAAUGGGAGGCCGUGGAACAAGCAAGGACCGGGCGGCUGGCCGAACAGCGCAGCAAAGGCAGGGCAAAGCCAAAAAAACAACGAGGGAAAAGGAAAAAUAA